GGAAAAGGCGGGAGAACACUGCCGCUUCCGCGUCCGCGCAGCUCACACACCAGAGCAAAAUGGACGAAAAGUUAAUAUUGUCAGUGUUUAAUUACCCAGAGCUGUACAAUGUGACUUUACCGAACUACCGCUGCACCGACAGUCGGACCAACGCGUGGAGGAGCAUCAGCGUCCUUCUGGGUCUGCCCUCUGAGGAGUGCAAAAGAAAAUGGAAGAACAUGAGGGACCGAUACUUGAAGGAGGUUCGAAUGGAAAUCAAAAGUAAAAAACAGGGGGAGGUGGUCCAGAGCAGAUGGAAGUACAGACAGCUGAUGAACUUCAUCGCACCUUUUACGGGCUCCAGAAGCGGAGUGGUGGACAUCUGCAGCAACGACGACGACCAGGACAACCACGACCACGAGUCUGGAAGCAUGGAAGGAGAACCCACGUCAUCAGAGGGGGUGAAGACCCCCCAGUCUGGAAUGAAGGGCCCCGGGGGUCAGAACGACAUCAAACCUCAGGUGGCCUUUGUGGCCCAGCUCCCUUCAGGGUCCACAGACGCCCACAUGACUCAGAUGGCCGUCCUGGCCAAGGUGCCGUCCGGCCCACAGAUGCCCCCCCUCAACAAGCCCGGACGCAAACGGCGCCUGAUGAACGAGGCGCUGUCCAUGUCCACGUCCCAAACCACAUCAGCCCCCACAAAAUGGCCCCACAAAGACCACGCCUCCUCCUUCCCCAACAGACCACGGGACGAGGACGAGCUGUUCCUGCUGAGCUUCGUCCCAGCGUUAAAGAGACUGGCCCCCCAGAAACGGUGUGAGACCAAAAUGAAGAUCCAGCAGAUUAUGUACGAAGCAGAGUUCAACGUGGCACAGCCAGAGACCCACGACAAACCCCCCCCAGAGGCAGACACACAGGACUGAACACCCCCCCUGAGGCAGAUGCACAGGGCUGAACCCAACAUACAAUUUAUGGACGUCACACACUUUUAUAAAUAUGGAUUCAGAAAUUUGACAAAACUUAUAUUUUUUUGCCAAUGUCUACUGUCACAGUACUGAGGUACCAAAUAUGGGUGUGUCUGUUACCACAGAGCCAAUCAAAUGUUAUCAUUUGUCCCAGAGCCAAUCACAGAUACUGUUCCAUGAACUCAUUCCUCUUGUUUCCACAGUACGGUGGUCAUAUAUGGAAGAAACCACUAAAUAGUGAUAGUAUAUAGUAUAGAAUCGGAAUUUUUGAUUUAAAAUACUCUAUACGUUUUAUGGUAUUCUUUGCUCUGGAGGAUGGAGAAGGUGGGCGGAGCUACAUGUUAGAUGUAGCAGUGUGUCAUGUGACUUCAGAGUCAGUUCAGUGCUGUGUUCCUGUGUUAUUCUACAUUCUGAACGUUGUCGCAGUGGCUGAUUUAUAUCAAUGUAGGAUUUACCUACCAGUGCCGUGCACCCCACCCGACCCCCUCAUUUGAAAAACUUUAGGGAAAAAAAAAAAAAACUAGAAGCACUCAGAGAGCGCAGACCUCUGCCAAGGCAGAUCAGUGGCCCCCCCACCACCAGAAUUUAAUCAUUUGUUCCUUGUGCCAGUAUCAACAUUUCCUGAAAUUUUCAUCCAAAUCCGUCCGUAACUUUUUGAGUUAUCUUGCACACAAACAGACAAACCAACACAGACAGAAACAGAACCUCCUUGGCAGAGGUAAAAACUUACUCUGACCAGGAUUUGAACCAGUAACUUCCAUGUUGCAGCCCGAGUUUUAGCCCAGUCAGUGAAACGUCCACUGUGUCACAGAUGGACCUAUUCACAUGACUGUCUUUGUACUCUUCAGGACGUAAAUGAUGGUCUACACAUGAUAUAAGGAGGGCACUGUUUGGCUCUGUGGUCAUAGACACACCCAUAUUUGGUGCUACAGUUCUGUGUCAGUAGACACUUCGAUAUUUUAAAGUGACCAAACAAAACAGUGAUGAGUGUAUUUAAAGCAGAAACGUCUAUUUUCCACUUUAAUUAACCCAUAAAGACCCAGUGUUACAUUUGUGUCAGUUCACAGAAGAAUUUGUCUCUAUGUCACCUUUCUUUAUUUUUCUGAAUUUUGCACUUUUCAUUGUGAAUCCUGUCUUUUCCUUUAUUUAAUUUUGAUGUUCAUGAAAACUCAGUAAAUUCAAAGGUUAUUUCAUACAUGUGUUUCUCUGAACCUGGUCUUAAAACAGGACAGAGGGUUAAACAUUCAGACCAGAUGUAGACGAAUGUUCUGAAGCAGGUUUGGAAGAACUUUGGGUUUAUUUAAAAAAAAAAAAUUUACCG